CAGAGCUAUUAGGUUUAAGGGAUCCGCCCCUCCACUGGCCCCGCCCUCUCCAUUGACCCCGCCCCAGGUUGCUCAGGAGAUGAGAGACGCCGAAUCCUGAAUUCUGGUAGGUGUUGGCGUGGGGAGAAGAAUAGGUGCAGAAAGAAAUCCUCUGAGGUCUGAAUGUGGCCAGCCUCCAUGGAGAGUUCUGGCAGCUCCUGCCAGGACUGGUGCAGCAGUAGGCAAUACUGGUUUGAGCUCGGACCCACGGACUUGCUGGAGCGCAAGGGCUCCCUCACCCUCCGCUCCCAUCACAAGAAGUACUCGAAACCCGUGUUGGUGUAUUCUUGGCACCAUGACAGAGAAGCCUAUCCAAAAGAUUAUGAUAUAGAGGGUCCUGAGGACAUAAAAAAACUGUGUAAUUCAACAUAUUGGAGACUUGGAACUGAUGAACCCCCAAUUUGGAUAUCAGAAACACAUGAAAAAAUGGCACAAGUUUAUUUAAACAGAGAAUUGGAUAAAAUAAAGAGGAAGCCUUUAUUGAAUGACGAGACAAUGAGCUCUGGGAUUAUUGAAAGGGACACUGGACUACCUGCCACAGGCUUCGGAGCUCUCUUUACUAGACACCCACCAGAUCGGCAUAAAAUGUAUGCCUUGACAACAUACGCUGAGGAAUAUGCAGCACCGUAUGAGUAUGAGCCACUCGAUUCUCCUUGUCAAGAUGAUUAUUCAAUAGUCCACAGAAAAUGCCGUUCUCAGUUCACUGAUCUUGAUGGUUCCAAAAGAUUUGGCAUCAACACUUGGCAUGACGAGAGUGGGAUUUAUGCUAAUUCAUGUGUAAAACGAAAACUCUACCCAUUAACGGGUGGUCCUAUUAUCCCUUUUUUAAAAUAAUCUAUGGAAUCAGAUUCUCUAACUAAUGAAAGGAUAAUGGAAAUACAGUUGAUUUUUCUAUCCUAAUAAAUGCAAUGGAA